GCUCGCGAGUGGCCGCAGCCCAGCGACGCCGCCGAACGAACUGGACGAGGACCACCUGGCAAGCAGAUCCAAGGCGCUGCACUGGGACCCGGAGUCCCAGCUCUGGGCGAUGAUGAAUGCGCGGCCCGACCAGCCCUCGUCGCAGACUCUCUCGGCACAGGGCGCCGCGGCGAACUUUUGGGGGCGGGCGGCGCAGACACAGCAGCUCUCGCACUCGAGCCCCGCCUUCGCCAGCCACAGGGGGCCGCUCGCGAGCAUGCUGGAUAGCGUUCCUCGUGCUGGCUUCGAGCUGCUCCUCACCGCGGGGGGCGAGGUAAGCGACGCCGACUUCGAUAGGGCCGUCGACAUGAGCGAAGACCUCAUCAAGUGCGCCCGCAGGACGGCCACCAGCGGGGAUGACGGUGAACGCGCUGACGGCCUGUGCGACCUCGAGGAUGGCAGCGAGUCCGACGCCUCUAGCUACACCAAGGAGUACCUCGAGGAGGCGCUCAGCGACCUCAACGACGACAUGGAGGAGGCCGUCGCGCGUGCACGCCUCGACGCUGUACAAGCAGUGGGAGCCCGCGAGGCGUUCGCGCAGCUCCCGAACGAGGAGCAGCAUGCCUUCGAGGAGGUCUCCCUCGUAGAGCUCGCCACCUUCGCGCACCACAGGCGCUGCCACGCCCAGGGCCGCGGCGCGGACGGAGAGGAGCUGGCCACCCAGGCUUGGUGCUUCCUUGACAGCGACGAGAUGGCCGCCUGG